AUGGAGGCCUUCAGAAGCAUUUGCCAGUUGGCCUACUCCGUCCCCAACUUCUUUGUGGCUGAAGUGCCAGUCCAGCGCUUCAACGAGAAGGAUAAUGAUGAGGUGCGGAUCAGAUUUAACCUGACCUUGGAAGACUUUCCAGCUUUCUACCUCUUCCAGGAGGGGGCAGAGGCCAUGAGAUAUCCAGAUGCUACCCAAGCACCAAAUAUGAUAAGAUGGCUGCGAUCUUACAACAUCAUGAUGCCUUCCAUCGAAAGCAUUGAUGAGCUGGAUGCUGUGGUGAAUACCUUCCUGCAACAGCCGGAGAUGAGGCACGUGGAGAUCGCAAAGGAGAUCGCCAAGAAGUACACGACAGAUGCCAAAGCACCCAUGCAGCUGAGACACCUCACAGCACCCAAGGACAAAGGCCUUGGAUAUCCUGUCGAUGAAGUUGCACGAGUCAUGAAAAUCCUGGAGGGGAAGGUGCAUCCAGAGAAGCGGAAAGAGCUUGGCGAGAAGUUGAAAGUGUUGAAGAUCUUUGCGAAAUUGGAGGCUUGCGAUGUCUAUCAAUGCCCUUCUGGCUACGAAAAGCGCUUCGGUGCCGCAGGCCGAGGGAGUUCUUGA